CAGCAGCAACAACAACAACAACAGCAGCAACAGCAACAACAGCAACAACAUCAGCAACAACAACAGCAACAACAUCAACCUAGCAAUGAUGAUUUGAUCAGCUCUAAGAAAAGUUCUUCCUUUGCUUCUGAUGGAAAAGAUGAAAAUUUAUCUGUUUCUCAAACAUCAGAGUUAUUGGAGAAUGCUAGAACAAAUAUUCUCCGAAGAAUUUCUUUCACGGCUAACAAGAAAACAAAUACGGCAGGAUCUGCAGAGAAGUCUCAACCCCACUCUACUCCUGGGGAACCUAGAGCUGAUCAAACCUAUCCGUCCUAUCAGGGGAGCAGCUUUAUAUCGUUGUUCGGAGUUCCGGAGUUGGACGCGGAGGUGGAGAUGGGAAUGGAACAGGAGCAGGAAGCACUGCAGGAAUAUCAGUUAGUUCACUCCACGCUACACAGGUUAUUGUCUGACCAAUUGAGCGUUAAAACUAAGCUCCGGAGCUUGAAAAAGCUGAGGAUGGAUCAACUUCGCCGAGAUACUAUACUCCAGGUUCUACAGGAUACAGAUCUACUCUACAGAGGAGUUGAGACAGUUCUUGAGAAUUAUCUCCAGAAGAAGGAUGAAGAUGGAAAGAAUUUGCUGAUCCUCACUCUUCAACUAUCUAACAAAUGUUUAUUACUUAGUCACAGUAUGAUGACGGAGUCGGUGGUAACACAACCCAGGAGAACUAUCCGUGGUUACCAACUACACCAGCACUGCAUACUCCUCAGCCAACCCGGAGUAGAGACGUGUAAUGAUACUUUCUCCGUCCUGGCCGCCGAGUUUCUAGGAUCCAACGACUCUUCCCUUCUAGGACGCUGCUUCUAUACUCUAGAGAAAGAAAGCAAUAUUAUCGAUGAUUUCCUGAAAUGUUUAAAUAUCAAUCAACAAAGUUUGGAUGCCUUCUUCCUACGUGACUUACCGACUGGAUACAGACUGGUUCGUCUCUUCAAGCUUCAGGGUGGAGAAGAGAUGAAUAUCUCCGAUACUCUUAUUGACAAGGAUAAACAAGGACAUCUCUGGUCGAUCAGGCACCCUGAGAAGGAACUCCAAGACUCCCAGACAUGGACUGAAGUCAAAGUAGUAAAAUUUUUUCCAUCCGGACAUUUUCUAGCGUAUGUUGGUGUAGCAUGGAGAGAGAAGUUGGACAGGUUGGAGAAAAUGAUUCUUCAAAGCUUCCCUGAGUUGGGUGCCACCUUCUCCAGGUUCCCUUUAAAACCAGGAAACAUGAUCCUGGUCAAGUUUCAUCAAAUUCUGCUCAUCACUGACAGUUUGAUCGAAUUUAAGGCUGCCAGAGCUGUGAUUUUAUCGGAACCGGAUAUCCGGAAGGUUCUUGUAUAUCUACCAGACUAUGGAGUACAAGGUUGGGUAUCCGUCCAGGAUGUACACUUGGCUCCAGAGAUCUUGGAGCAAAAGGAACCUGUUCUUACUUUCUGUCGGCUACAGGAUGUCGGACCAUCUCCAGGUGUAGGAUUAAUCCGUGAAACUAUCCUGGCCUGUUCCCUUCUCACAACUCCGGAGAAUGUUUCCUCCUUGAUCAGUCGACCUUAUCUUAACACAGUAUCCGUCCUCAGUUCUCUUCUCUUAACUCUAGAUUCUACUGUAGUAGAUGCGGUUCUAUCUAUUCUCCGACUUAUGGUUGAAAGCAGUUAUUCUCUUUCCUUACUCAAUAAACCCUCGAGAAACUCCAGGUUACCCCCGUCCUUGGGGAACCUUGCUCCCAGUUUACUCAACCUACUGGAGAAGGAACAGAUAAAAUCUGAACCUGAGCUUUUUCUGAAGAGUAAUGAGAUAUUAUUCGCCCUACUUAGCUCCGCUGAACCCGGCCGAUUUCGUGAUUUUAUGCGAGCAGAGGGAAAACGUCUCAUGGAUCUAAAUCACCCUGAUCUUCCUGAAAAGAGUAAGCUUGUGUUAGAUCAGAUAUUUUCACUGCCCAUGGAAGGAAAAGGACGUGGAACUGGGAGAAGAGGAAGGUUGGAGGAUCCAGACAAUAGAAGAGACCUCGGAUUCAAGAAGACAGGCGGAGUAAAAGAAUCCAGCAGGACCAAGAUCAGGAGAGCAAGCUCCAGUAGAUCCAAUCCACCCAGUAGACACGAGAAAGGGAACACACAGUUUACCAUCACAUCUAAAUUAAGAAAGAAAAGAGUUCAAGUUGUAAUUGAAGAAAGAGAAGAAGACUAUACACCCGUUCCUCUUCCUGUCCUAAACCGACAUGUUUCCUCUAAACUGGGACUCUUUAACAGACCAGUUCAGUCUAGCGGAAACCGUAUCGUGGAUAGUGAUAAUCGUCCAGUUAGGAGUUUCGUCCUAAAAUCCGCGAAGGAUUCCGAUUUGGUUUGGAUGAGGGCCGAGGAAUUGCUGAACGAUCAAGAAAUCCACCAAAUACUAGAUCUUGGGCCGGGCAUGAAUUAUCAUCAAGUACUGCAAAGGAGUAGAAGAGAGGCUACCGAAGAGUCAAUAAAAUCUGAAAGGACAAUAUCAAGUUCUUCUGUAAUCAGUAGGAAUUGUCAAGACGAGCUGAAAUUUAAAAAAGAAACCUCUGUCAGUUCUGGUAUGAUUAAACAACAGAUUAAACCAGACCAGGAACUGAGAGGUAAAAAUUCGCCUGACACCAGAUCUGUUCCCGUGAACCUGGAAACUGACACCAGAUCUGUUCCCUUGAACCAGGAAUCUGUGACAGACAACCAUCGGAAAGAACCGAAGAAGGAAGAUACUGCUACUGAGAUAUCCCAGGAUUCAAGAACUGAGAGUACCCGAGCUGAGAUUUUGACCGAGGUUAAUGAGAUUAUUGGAGCAAAGCAGGAUGUACCCAUCCCGGGAACUAAUUUUUGUAAAGAUGAUGACGCAAGAACUGUAGACAAAGACGGAUCAGAUGCUGGAGAAAAAUCCGAUGAAAUAGCUGAAAAAGGAAAAUGGAAUGGAGUCGGAUCUGUAGCUAGAUCUGGAACUGGAUCUGAUGCCAAUGAUAGAACUGGACCCGGAGUUGGAAAUGAGGAAGGAAGUUUAGAUGUAACUGGAGCUAAAGAUACAGGCAGAGCUAGAGAAGGUAUCGUAUAUAAUGAUGCAUCCGGAGCUAGAGAAUUGAUCGGAGCGAGAGAUUCAGCCGAAACUAGGGAAGGAGCCGGAGGUAAAGAUGGAGCUGUAGCUGAAGUUUGUCAAGGACUUGGGACAAACUAUAUAAAAUCUAAUAAACCCCAGGGAGGCCUGGAGCAGGGUACUGUGCUGGUUAAACGACCCGGAGCUGAGAUUGAGAUGCUGGAGAGGAUUGGAACCUCAGAGCGGGAUGCAGGACGCCUGGCGGUUAUUAUCUCUGCUAUGGCAAAUACCACUGGGGGAACAAUUUUCAUAGGAGUACGUGGCAAGGGAUUAGUUUGUGGAAUACCGUUAAACAGAAGAAAUAAAGACGAGUUUGCGCAGAUGGUUGAUCAGCUUUCAUCCCAGCUUAUUCAUCCUAGGUUCAAUGUUUUCAAUCUUUCAGUAGAAUUUGUUCCAGUAAUCCUCCCAUCUAGAGUUGAUGAAAGAGGAGAGGAGAGAUUUGUUAUCAGAAUUAAAGUCAAACCAAGUGGAAACAUGUGCUACAUGACACACAACAUUAUCGACGAGGAACCCGGAGUAUACAAGAGGAGGAGGAAAGGACCAGAGUUUACUUACAAGGUUGACAAUGACGAGGCACUGCGACUGAUCAAUGUGACGAGAGAAUCGGUGCUGAAUCUACCGCCGAUCCAAUCAAUCAGAAUCGCUGACGAAUAUUAGAAGAUUGUUAACCGCUAAGUGAUGAUGGUUGAACUGUCAUAAUGAUAAUAAUUACCAGUUAAAUAUCAGCGAUGAGCAUUUACAAAAUAAUUGCUUUUACUUUUGAUAUUUGAUCAUGUUAUGUAAUCAAAUUAAGCAAAGUAUUUUUUAAUCCCUUUGUACUAAAACAAAUGUCUUAAUAAGUGAGUCAAAACUCAGUUCUAUAUAAUCAUUGGUUGAGGGGAAAUAAUUUCUGCCCCCCACUGUCACUCUACUUCAACGUAAAUUGAUGCUAUCAAACUUUUUAAAUGAUUAAUUUGGAAUUUUGCUUAAUUUUCCGCAUACCCUGAAAAAAUGAUGGGGGGGGGGAGGGGGGUUAGUUUUGUCUUAACGUUACUUUUGUUGUAAUUUCAUGAAACCCUUGACAUUUUUUCACUGUUAAGAAACAGAACAUAUCGUCCUUUUUCUGACUUUAAAAGUGUUUUAAUUUGGACAAAUACUCCAUUGUUUCAGUCACAGAAAUACACAAGUUAAGACAUUUGUAUUAUUUUUAAUAUUAUGAAAAUUAUCUGUUAUGGACAAUAACAUUCAUAUUUAAAUUGAAAGAGAUUCAGGAAACUAGAUUCAGGAGUCUUGAAACUUGAUUUAGGGGUCUGGAAACUAGAUUCAGGAGUCUGGAAACUAGAUUCAGGAGUAUUGAAACUAGAUUUAGGGGUCUGGAAACUAGAUUCAGAAGUCGAAACUAGAUUCAGAAGUCUGGAAACUAGAUUCAGGAGUCUUGAAACUAGAUUCAGGAGUCUGGAACUAGAUUCAGGAGUCUGGAAACUAGAUUCAGGAGUCUGGAAACUAGAUUCAGAAGUCUGGAAACUAGAUUUAGAAGUCUUAUGAUUUUUAAAACUCCCUAUUUUGCCACAAUUCUGAUAAAUAUUUGUAUGCCCAGGAAAUUUUGUUUGUGACACAUGCACCGUUUUUUAGAAUGAUUUUUUAGUAAAUUUGUUAAAAUGAUUUUUUUUUCAGA